AUGAAGACCUUUGAUUCUACCGAGGGGUCGGGAUCUUUACCCGUACAACCCAGCUCCGAAGCGUCCUCUUUGGAAGUCUCUUCUAGGUCGGCCCUGGCAGCCGCAAGGGCAGCAGCGUCAGCCGCUGCUGCAGCCACUGCAGCCGUCUCCACUGCCAAAGCAGCUAUAUUGUCUGCAAAGACCAAAGCUCCCUAUUCUGAGCAAAGCUUUCCCUCGGAUCCCUCCUCUGAUAGUCUUGUGAACCCCUGCUCAGGACACAGUUUUACCCACAAGACAGCCCAUAGGAGACUUGGCUUUAAGCCUGUUUCCUAUAUUGUUCGGCAUCCUUGUCCUACAAAUUACCCUAACACUAGCACCGUUCCUGGCUCUAGCCCUGACCCGGUUCCUGGCUCCAGAUCUGGCCACUUUCCUGGCUCCAGAUUGAGCCCCAUUCCUGGCUCUACCCCUGAACCCAUUCCUGGCUCCAGAUCUGGCCACUUCCCUGGCUCCAGAUCAGGCCCCGUUCCUGGCUCCAGAUCGAGCCCUGUUCCUGGCUCCAGAUCGGGCCCCAUUUCUGGCUCCCGAUCUGGCCAUAGCCCUGAUCCUGGCCAUGGUUAUGGUUCUAGUAAAGCCACUGGCCUGGGUUCUCACUCUGGUUAUGUCUAUGCCUCUGGGCCUGCUCCAGACAAUGAUCCUGAGCUCAGCCCCAGCACUCUUACAAGCUUCAGAGAUCCUGGGGCAAACCUGGUCCCUAAUCAUGCCUCCUGGAAUCACUACCAAUGCUGGGAGCCUCGGAAACAACCCUGGAAAUUUUUGCCAGUUUCAGAACCUGUUGCCCAAAGGCGGCUAUGGAAGGCCCCCGAGGCUGAAGUGAAGUGUGAGCCUCUCAGUAAAACACUGCCACGGGGCCACUGCCUUCUCUACAACUGGGAGGAAGAGAGAGCUACCAAUCAUCUGGAUCAAGUCCCAAGCAUGCAGGAUGGCUCCGAGAGUUUCUAUUUCCGACAUGGACACCAGGGACUGAUAACCCUGCAGCUCCAGUCACCCGUACCCCUCAGCACCACCCAGAAAGACUCAUUUCAGCCCCCAAGAAUCCGCUGUCAGCCAAUUCGAGGAAAACGUGAAGCCAUGCUGGAGAUAUUCCUGUGCCACCAGAUCUGUAAAGAGGUGCAGGCAGAGCAAGAACUGACAAGGGAGCCAUUUGAGGCUGAGUCUGUGACACACCAUGACUACAAAACGGAGCUGGUGCAGGCAGGGGAUCCUGCUCCAACUAAGCCUCACGACUACUGUACGGAACAACCUGAAACUUUCUGGAUACAGAGGGCACCACAGCUGCCGGGUGUCAGUAACAUCAGGACCCUGGACACGCCAUUCCGGAAGAACUGCAGCUUCUCAACACCAGUGCCUUUGUCCCUGGAAGAGCCUUUUCCCGAUGGACCUGAGAAUUAUUCCCACCAAUUAGGACAAAUCUCUUCUCUUGGCUGUCAGGGAAGAGGACAGGGUGGGGAGGGGCGUAGAUGUAUCUAA